CGAUAAAUAUCUACCUUAUUUGUGUGGGGACGACCUUACUCUUGGUGGCUUGGUUUUAUCAAAUUGACUUUUAAAAUCAUUUAAUUUCUUUUGCAUUUUUUUUUAUUUUCAAUAGAUUCUCCACAUUUUAUUUUACUUUGACAAUACAAUUUGAUUUACUUUCAAAUCGUCCACAUAUUUCUUUUUCUGAAUCGAGUCUCUACACUUUUUUUUUUCUUAUAUCUUAUCUUAUUAAUUAAUAUUAUUAUGUUAUUGAUUUAGCGAAGAAGAUGGCAAAAAUGGCAUGGAUAAAUCCUUGUGAAGAAGCAGCGAAAUCAAAACCAUUAUCAAUCAUCAUCUAUGCUACAGUGAUCGUUGGACUUGUUCUUUCCUUCUUUGUUGUAUUUUCUGGAGUUUAUACUUCUAGGCCUCCUGAUGCUCAGAUCUCUAUUAUUACUUCGCCUUCAAGAGCGAUUUCUCAUUUUCAAGAACCAAGCUUUUCUCCAUCCCAAACUUCCGUUGCCUCGGUCACUCGUAGCACAUUAUUGAAGCCCAUAUGGGAGGUUCCUUCUAAAACUAAGAAAAUUCCCCCUUUGGAGUCCUUUCGGUUGACAAAAGAGUUAGUGGAGAAAAGGGCGAAGGAUAACACUAUUGUAGUGACAUUUGGAAACUAUGCAUUCAUGGAUUUUAUAUUGACUUGGGUUAAACAGUUGACUGAUCUAGGUGUAUCGAAUCUCUUAGUUGGUGCAAUGGAUACUAAAUUAUUGGAAGCUUUGUAUUGGAAGGGAGUUCCAGUUUUUGAUAUGGAAAGCCACAUGAGCACAAUUGAUGUAGGAUGGGGAACACCAACUUUUCAUAAAAUGGGAAGGGAAAAGGUUAUCUUAAUCAAUUCGAUUCUCCCAUUUGGUUAUGAGCUACUCAUGUGUGACACAGACAUGGUUUGGUUGAAGAAUCCUCUUCCAUACUUUGCCCGUUUUCCUGAAGCAGAUGUUUUGACAUCCACUGAUCAAGUUGUCCCAACAGUGGUUGAUGACAGUUUGGAUGUUUGGCAGCUAGCUAGUGGUGCAUACAAUAUAGGAAUAUUUCAUUGGAGACCUACAGAAUCUUCUAUGAAGUUGGCUAAACAAUGGAAAGAGUUACUUCUGGCUGAUGACAAGAUAUGGGAUCAGAAUGGAUUUAAUGAUAUUGUACGAAGGCAGCUUGGCCCCUCCGUAGAUGAUGAAAGUGGUCUUGUCUAUGCUUAUGAUGGCAAUCUCAAACUGGGGCUCCUUCCAGCAAGCAUAUUCUGUAAUGGACAUACAUAUUUUGUUCAGGCCAUGCACGAACAAUUCAAACUGAAACCUUAUGCAGUGCAUACUACAUUCCAAUAUUCUGGUACUGAUGGAAAGAGACAUCGAUUACGAGAAGGAAUGUUGUUCUAUGACUCACCAGAUUAUUAUAGCUCUCCAGGAGGUUUCUUAUCAUUUAAGCCAGCAAUUCCAGGGAAAUUAUUAUUAGAAGGCGAGCAUGAUGUUGAAUCACACUUUGCUGUUGUUAAUUACCAGAUUAAGCAGAUACGAACUGCACUUGCUAUUGCAUCAUUGUUGAAUCGUACUCUGGUUAUGCCUCCAAUUUGGUGCAGAUUGGAUAGGCUUUGGUUUGGGCAUCCAGGAAUCCUGGAGGGUACCAGGACAAGGCAACCUUUCAUAUGCCCUUUGGAUCAUGUUUUUGAGGUGAAUGUGAUGUUGCAAAACUUACCACAACAAGAAUUUGGCCCACAUAUUGACAUCAGAGAGUACACAUUCCUGGAUAAUCCGGCACUGCCUCAAGAAAUAAAGGAGUCGUGGCUUGAUGUGCAGCUUUGCCAAGUGGGAUCAAAAAAUUGUCGCAUUGCUAAUGAGUCAAUUGCUGGUGGAGUGCUAAGAUUUCCCAAAUAUAGCAGUGAAGAAACGCUGAUGAAAGUAUUCUUUGCAUUCAAGCAUAUCAAAGUCAUAAACUUCUUAUCAAUCCGAGAUGCCUUCACUGGGUUUGCUGAUAAGGAAAGAGAGCAGAAAUUUAGGCAUCGUGUUAAGCGUUAUGUAGGUUUAUGGUGCUGUGUUACGAAUCGCACCCCGGGUCAUAUAUAUUAUGACAUGUAUUGGGAUGAGAAACCUGGAUGGAAACCGUUACCUCCACAGAAGCCGGAGGAUGAUCACCCUCCAGUUUAACUUCCUAGUGGAGUAUGGAACCCAACAGUUUUGCGUCAAGUAUGGACAGCACAUUCCUUCGAGUAGAAAUCAUGAAACGCAUUGCAGGUCAGUUAACAUACGUUUACGGACCACACAAAAUCAGCUCGCAAAUUGCAGGUUCUUCAAUUUUGGUUAAAUACAUGCUGCAACUCAGACAGAUUAUGAGAUUCGGCGCCCUCUUCCUAUAUAAGCCAAGGGAUUCUACUUUCUUUGUGUAAAAUUAUUGUUUAAUAUUGAGCUUGGUAAGAUCUGUGUGAGUUGUAGCUGAAUACAAGUUAUAUUCAAUAAAAUCAUCCUUUUAGUUUA